AUGAAUUUUGUUACCCACCAUGUUCCAAUGAGACCUAUUCUCCAUAUGAGAUUAGCGGCUUCCCAUGAAUCCAAAAUGUUCAGAUCGCAGAUAUCAUGGUCGUCUUUCAGAAGAAAUAUUUCCCAAAAGUCGAACCCUAUACAAAAAUGCUCGAGAAAAUACGUACGAAUACUUGUGUUAUCCGUUUUGGUACCUUACACAGGAUAUGCAUUUUAUGUAUCUUUAGCCACAAUGAAGCAAAUCGAUUUAAGAAAUGAAAUGUGCCAAAGGUUAGAGGAUAAAAAUAGCGAGGUCACUUAUAAGGGAUCGUUGUUAAAAUACAGCCCUUUGGAAGUUUUGGGUCGAUUUGAAAACCCAUUUGAAGAAUAUAGAAUUCAAACCGUUUUCGAAUUCUUCGCUAAUAGAGUGUUCGAACUAUUCGAAAGAAAUAGGGGAGGUAUCCCACCUGAUGUACAUCAAAUGAACAAGUUGAUGCCCGUACAUAAGCCUACGUGGGGCCCUGAAUUUGUGGACGUUGACCCUGCUGUGGAAACUGCAUGGCCGUUAGAAUGUAAAGUAUUAGAUGAAUCGCACACAUCUACCUCCGUGACGGAAAACGAAGGACCAAAGUGCCCCGUCUAUAACACGUGGCUGGGUCAGUCAUGCAAUUACACGGUCUAUAACGGAUUGAGGAUAUUGACAGAUCCUCUAUUCAGUGACUAUCUCAUUCAUAAGACAUUGGGUCCUAAAAGAAUCACCCAGAUGCCCUCUCAAAUUAGCGACGUGCCUAAGCCAGAUAUUAUUCUCGUCUCUCACAAUCAUCCGGAUCACUUAGACUCAGAAAGCUUGCAAUAUUGGAGUGGUGAAGACUCCCCCUUAUGGGUAGUACCCAAAGGAAUGAAAUCAUAUAUGACAAGCAAUGGCUGUGAUAACGUCCUUGAAUUAUCUUGGUGGGAAACCUUGCAAGUAAGGAAGAACAACGAGGUAUAUCACAUAUCGGCCACCCCGGCCAUGCACUGGUCAGGAAGGUCCCUCUUAGAUACAAAUAAAUCUCUAUGGUGCUCUUUUUUACUAACUCAUCGCGGCACUCCUAUACUUUUCCAUGCUGGUGAUACUGGAUAUGUGAAGGAUUUAUUCGUAAGAAUCAAAGAACGUUUUGGAAAAGGCUGUAAAUUAGCAUUAUUGCCAUGUGGCCAGUACUGCCCCGAGUGGCAUCAAAAACCACGGCAUAUCAAUCCUCAAGAAGUUCUCAAGAUUAUGAAAGAUUUAGAAGCUCGAAAUGUAUUAGGUGUCCAUUGGGGGACCUUUGUAUUAAGCGGAGAAUAUUUCUUGGAACCAAAAGAAAAAUUAGAAAUGCUGGCCGAAUGGGGUGGACUUAAAGGCCGUUGUUACUGUCCUGAGCUAGGGAAAACAGAACGGUUUGACUAG